GCGAAACGCGGUGGUGUGGGGACGCGCCAAAGUCCCGCUCCGUCAGUCACACUAGGCGCUACAACUCCACGGACUACCACUCUCGUGUUUGAGGCGUCGGUGAAUCUUCAAGCCCAGAGCAUUUAGCUUCGAGUGUCGCGCCGAUUUUUACCACGACUCUUUGAAAGUGCUCGUCGACCCCCGUGACGAGAGACAAGUCAGCCGUUGGAAGACGCGUGAGCUCAAGUAUAGAAAGUCAGAAUCGGAUUCCGGCUGACCUGAAUUUUCUCCGGGACCCGGAACGAAAGCGAACGUGCCUCCGGGCGAGAGGGCGUCGCGGAGGGAAGGACUCGGCCACAGAGGACAGGGCUCGCCGCGUCGCAGUCCUCCUCGAGGUGAAGCGAACCCUUUAUGGCUGGGAGGCCUCGAGUCCUGCGCAGGACACUCAAGCGAGUCGGGUGUCCGUCCAUGCAGGAGAGGACGAAAGAGAUAUUAUUGUAGCUCUGUACAUUAAGCAGGAAACAGUUUACGAAAAGGUGAUAUAGGAAACCGCUUUAGUGUUGUGAUAGUGUAAGAGUGAAUUCCCGAGUGCAACAGUGAGCGAGCAUGAAGGCAUCCGUGCAGCUGCCACUCACGCAGAUGAUGAAGGAGACCGAAGGAUCCGCGGCAGAGGCUCUGGCCAACACCAAGGAGCCGCAGGAUCUUGCCCUACUCAGGUUCCUGCUCCUCCUGCAAGUAGCGGGAGAGCGGAAGGCGGAGAUCGAGGAGCUCCUGCGAGGGACGGCCGGGUUCCGACUGCCGAAGCAGCAGAAGCCGCCGGAGGAGGACGCCAACCACCAGCCGGACAACCACCGGCCGAAGAGAGCGCCGCUGGCCAGGCGGUGGAGGAAGAACCUCCUGAAGAAGAGGUCGAGCGAGGAUGACGAGGUCUCCGCCACCAGCUCGUCCGCCUCCUCCACCAACUCCUCCACCAGGUCCAGCAGCAGCAUCUCGCCCUCGCAGCCGCACGCCCACCGCGAAGAGGUCUGCGCCAAUGGCCACCUCAACCUCGCGCUCGAGGACGCCGAGGCGCCCCUGGCGAAGGACGGCCUCAGCGCCGAGGACACCGCCGACAUGUCGCUCCUGCAGAAGCUGGCGCUGAAUGCCCUCAACCUGACGGCGCCGGCGUCCUCGGUCCUCCUCAACAACCGGCGCAACAGCUGGGUGCAGUUAUCAGGUCACCCAGGAUCUCUGGCUCCAGCUGGCCCAGGAACCAUCUGGAAGAAGCGAGGCCCCGAGCCCGUGGAGACGGUCGCCUACCAGGCCUUCUCGCAGGACCCGGCCAGGGAGCUCGCGCCCACAUUCUUCCGGGAGGUCGUCUAUCAAGAUGAAUAUUUCAUUGAGAUGCAAGACCUAUUAUAUAACUUCCACAACCCGUCUGUGAUGGACAUAAAGAUGGGAACUCGCACCUUCCUGGAGUCCGAAGUGACCAACACCAAGGCUCGCCACGACCUGUAUGAGAAGAUGAUUAAAGUGGACCCUACAGCACCAACCCCCGAGGAGCACGAAGCCAAAGCAGUAACUAAGUUGCGAUACAUGGACUUCCGUGACAACAUGAGUUCUUCUCGAUCCCUCGGGUUCCGGAUAGAAGCUCUGAAGAUGACUGGUAGUGAUGCUGUUACGGAACUUAAGACAGUCCGCAGUCGCGAAGAAGUUGUUGGGACCAUGAGUGGGUUUCUCAAAGGGCGAGAGAACACCAAACGACAGGUUUUGUCACGUCUUAAUCAUCUUAGGGAUACUUUCGCCAAAUCGCCAUAUUUCCAAAAGCAUGAGGUGAUUGGAAGCAGCAUCUUGAUUAUCUACGAUGACGAUAAAGCAGGUGUUUGGAUGAUAGACUUUGCCAAAACUGUGCCCGUUCCAGAGGGUGUCAGCAUUACUCACAGAGAAGCAUGGGUCCUAGGCAACCACGAGGAAGGCUUUCUUACUGGGGUAGAUAACCUCAUAAAGGUUGUGGAGGAAGUACCAACAGUGAAAUCAAGGAGGUUAGGGUUAUUUAGCAAGUCGUAAUUGUGACUUUACAAUAUGGAAAUUAGUUCUUUUUUAUGACCAGAAGAAGCUGAAGAAAUCGUCUUGCAUGGAAGGGCUUGAAGUUGCAAGACUUGCAUUUCCAUCGCAGAAAAUAUUGCUUGUGAUGAUAGUUGAAUGGUAAUGCAUCUGACUUGCUAUAAUUCAGAAAUAUUGUAGCAGCAGCAUAAAAUUGUCUUUGCAGAUAUCUAUACUUGUAGGUUCUAAUGAAAUAAGCACCAAGCCACAUGGUUAAGAAACAAUACAAGGAUGACACUAAAUGUUUCAGAGAAAUUUUAUUUAUUGACAGUUUUUUAUUGUUAUCCAUUGGUUAAUGGGACCAUGACUACUGCUCAAUUAUUUAAUGGAUUUAGAUGUUAUUAGUAUGUGGACACGAGGACAAAUGUUCAGAUUUUCAGUGAGAGAAUUCACAACUUCAGUCCUUUAGUAUAGUAGCAUUUAUUACUGCUUGAAUUUUUUCACAUAGGUAAUCUUUUCUAAUAGUGAACAUAGACAUGACAUUUGCUUUUAAGUGUCAUUGUACACUGUGUAAAUUUGUGUAUUUAUGACAAAGUAAUUUAUUUUUUGUAUACUAUCUUAAGAGUUUCUCGUGACGUGCUGCCUUCCCUCGCUCUUUCUCAGUCACAUUUCUGAACCUUUGGUUGUUAAUAUUUAUAAUUCAUUUUAGAGUCUUCUAAAUUCUAAUUUGUAUUUUAAAAACAAGAUGAUAAAAAACAUCAGCUUGCC